ACGAGUGUAAAGACCACCACACAAGGAUUUAAAGUGAGUGUUGCAUGUAUUGAAGCAUAUCUGCACUGUUUUUGCAGGUUGAAGUGUCUGGAAAUCAGUAGGUUAGCAUUUACUCUCCGAGAUUGCUCAAAACAUCAUUCCUGCAUAUUUCAAGACUCUACAGACAGAGACUACAGCUCAUGAAGCAGAUGCAAAGAUGGCUGUUGAGUACCAUGCCUCUACAGUGACAAACAUGGACAUUGAAAACACUAAAAUUGGAUACAAGCAACUCUUUACGGAUGGCAGCAAGCUCCGGUAUUCAGUUUAUGCAUUGAGAAACAGCCCUUUCCGGGUUGCUACACUCUGCCUUGGUCUGCUGUGUGUCAUCCUGUUGGCUGGGGUCAUAGGUCAGAGUGUCCACUACCAAAAAGCAGAGCAAGACCGUGAGAGCAACCUAAAAGCCUUGAGUGAAGAGAAAGAGAAACUACAGGUGGACCUGAAGACAGUGCAAAAAGACAAAAGGGAUCUUCAGGCCAAAAGUAAUCAGUUACAGCAGCAAAAUGAUUUAUUAACUAAAAGGAAAGAACAGAUACAGAUCAAUAACAAUUUACUGACUGAGCAAACAAACCAACUUAAAAAUAGUCAAAGCGAGUUAAAGACCAGCAACGAUGCUUUGAAGAAAGCGAAAGAAGAGCUAGAAGCAAGCAAAGACCAAUUGAAGCUUAGCAACAAUGCCUUGUCUACAGCCAAAGACCUGUUACAAAAAAAUUAUGAUUUAGUGAUCCAACGCAAAAGUGAGUUACAGACCAGAUAUGACUCAGUGACUAGAGACAGAGACAAUUUACAGAACAAAUACAAUAAUGUAACCAGAUCCAAAGAGCAGUUGCAAAAGGAUUACAAUGCCCUGAUCAAGGAUGUAGAGCAUUUGCAGGACAGAUACAACUUCUCUUCCAGGGAGAAAGACAAGCUAGAAAGCAGUCACCAAAACCUGACGAUAACAAAAGAGACUCUGCAGGCCAAUUUCAACGUACUUGUAAAGGCAACAGAUGAGUUGCGGGCGUCUUACUCGUCCUUGAUUCAGGAAAAAAAAGAGCUAGAAAAGAGUUGCAAAAACGUAACUGUGGAGAGAGACUGGCUGAAGACAAACAAUGACAACCUGACUACUGAGAGAGACCAGCUUCAGAUGGAAGUGGAGAGACUGAACGCAACGAUUCAAGAUAAGAAAUGCCCCUCUGGUUGGAAGAAAUUCGAGUACAGCUGUUACUUCACUUCUUCUAGCAAGAGGACCUGGAAUCGGAGCAGAGAAUACUGUCAGACCAAAGAAGCAGACCUGGCAAUCAUAACAAGCCAAGAAGAAAUGACCUUCAUCAAUGCCUUGUAUGGAAGUGAGAAAGAAGUCUGGAUUGGAUUAUCUGAUGAAGGAGUGGAAGGGCAAUGGAAAUGGGUAGAUGGGACACCAAUGACCAAAGCGUUCUGGGGUAAAGACCAGCCCAACAGCCACAUGGGGAGGAACCAGGACUGUGUGGAGUUCUGGCACCGUGCGUCAGGGACUGGAGACUGGAAUGAUGAGAACUGUGCCAUAGAACAAAACUGGAUCUGUGAGAAGUAGUUUUCCUCUGGCUAGCUCUGGCUACUGAUGGCCAUCAUGUAAUAUCAGUGUAUACAAAAAAAUAAAUGCACAUUAGGGACUGUGGUCAGUGGAUUGGAAGUAACAGAUAAAUCAGUUUGCUUCAAUCCAUAUUAUGUGAGCACUUUACACUCAAUGGCACACAGCAUUGCUAACAGCUAAAACCUGAAAUGUAUUGUUGUGAUAAGUAAUGCAUUAUGAAAUCAACUUUAGCAGAUAGCCCAUUAUGUGCUGGGGCAGGUACAUUAAUGUAGGUUGCGUGGAGCAAACUCUGUAUUAUGGAACCAGUUUGGCUCAAAGAGGACCAAGCUUUCCAUAGCUAUCUGUACAUACUGUAGAAACAAUUAAGAUUUUUCUAAAGAAAGACACUUGAUGAUUAUGUUAAUUCAUUUGCUACUGGGAUUAAUUAAUUAAGCAUUUCCCAAGAGUUGUACCUAUUAUUCAGUUCCUGCUGAGCUAGUGAGCAUCUGGGUUAAGGUUGAACUGGCUAACAUUAAUAUACGUAUUAUGCAUUAUUCAUUAUGUAUUAACAACCAUUCAAUCAGUGCUUUAACUAUUUCAAUUGACAAAUUAAAUGAUAUUUUAUGUUCUCAUAUACACCUUUUAUGUAUUCAUUCAUGUAAACACACAUAUUAAAAUAAAAAAAUUCACCUUGUA